UCAUCGCAGUCUUCAAUUUGUGUGCGGCACUUGAAGAGAUAAGUCGAGUUUUAUUCAAGUCGUUCUAACGAAUAAAAGAAAAACAGUUUUUGCAGUUUUUUUGCAUUUUAAAACAAGAAAGUAAAUUUUUUUAAGUGUUCUAUUUAAAAGAAAACAACCCAAUUCAAAAUGAGAGAAAUCGUUCAUAUUCAAGCUGGUCAAUGCGGUAACCAAAUUGGUGCUAAGUUCUGGGAAAUCAUCUCCGAUGAACAUGGUAUCGAUGCUACCGGAGCCUACCAUGGUGACAGUGAUUUGCAAUUGGAGCGCAUCAAUGUUUAUUACAAUGAAGCAUCCGGUGGCAAAUAUGUGCCACGUGCCGUUCUUGUAGAUUUGGAGCCAGGUACCAUGGAUUCAGUUCGUUCAGGACCAUUCGGACAAAUUUUCCGUCCGGAUAAUUUUGUGUUCGGACAAUCUGGUGCCGGUAACAAUUGGGCCAAAGGACAUUAUACCGAAGGUGCUGAAUUGGUCGAUUCCGUAUUAGAUGUUGUACGAAAAGAAGCCGAAUCAUGCGAUUGCCUGCAAGGUUUCCAACUUACUCACAGCUUGGGUGGUGGUACUGGAUCUGGUAUGGGUACAUUGCUCAUUUCGAAAAUCCGCGAAGAAUAUCCAGACAGAAUAAUGAACACAUAUUCAGUUGUACCAUCACCAAAAGUGUCAGACACUGUUGUUGAACCAUACAAUGCCACAUUGUCGGUCCAUCAAUUGGUUGAGAACACCGAUGAAACAUACUGUAUUGAUAAUGAAGCCUUGUACGACAUUUGCUUUAGAACACUUAAGCUCACCACACCAACCUACGGAGACUUGAAUCAUUUGGUAUCAUUGACAAUGUCCGGUGUUACCACAUGUCUUCGAUUCCCUGGUCAAUUGAAUGCCGAUUUACGUAAAUUGGCUGUCAAUAUGGUACCAUUCCCACGUCUUCAUUUCUUCAUGCCUGGUUUUGCACCACUCACAUCACGUGGCUCACAACAAUACCGUGCCCUCACCGUUCCAGAAUUGACACAACAAAUGUUCGAUGCCAAGAACAUGAUGGCUGCCUGCGAUCCACGACACGGUCGUUAUCUCACUGUUGCUGCCAUCUUCCGUGGUCGCAUGUCAAUGAAAGAAGUCGACGAACAAAUGUUGAAUAUUCAAAACAAGAACAGCAGCUACUUCGUCGAAUGGAUUCCAAACAACGUGAAAACAGCCGUUUGUGAUAUUCCACCACGUGGUUUGAAAAUGUCAGCUACAUUCAUUGGCAACUCAACCGCCAUUCAAGAAUUGUUCAAACGUAUCUCUGAACAAUUUACUGCUAUGUUCCGUCGUAAGGCUUUCUUGCAUUGGUACACUGGCGAGGGUAUGGAUGAAAUGGAAUUCACCGAAGCCGAGAGCAACAUGAACGAUCUCGUAUCGGAAUACCAACAAUAUCAAGAAGCCACCGCUGAUGAAGACGCUGAGUUCGACGAAGAACAAGAAGCCGAAGUUGAUGAAAACUAAAUGGUCCGCACCAGCGCAUCACUCAACUCAAAAUCAGCAUAUAAACAAAAAAACAACAAAUGAACAACAAAAACAAAACAGCAUAAAUAAAAAUCUCUAUGUAUUUUGUGUGAAU